CGGAGGCAGAAGUUAACUUCCACCUGCCCUGAAGUCGCCGCUGCGCCGGCAGCAGGAGGCGGAGGCGGAGGCGGAGGCAGGCGGGGCAGCCGAGGACCCGGCUCUGGCAGGCUCCGAGGGUCCGGCCGAGUGUAAUUCCCCCCUAAUCCCCGCCACGGCGGCGCUUCCCUGGCCGAGCCAUGUCUGCGGCUUCCCCGCCAUGCCGAGCCUAGCGGGGAGCGGGAGGACUGGCGGCCGGGAGGCGCACAAAAUGAAGACCCUGAUGCGCCACGGGCUGGCCGUCUGCCUGGCGCUCACCACCAUGUGCACCAGCUUGUUGCUCAUGUACGGCGGCAUCGGCAUCGGCAUCGGCGGGGGCCACCCGGAGCCGCGGCGGCGGCAGCAGCAGGUGGCGGCGGUGCCCAGCCGCCCGCCCGAACGCGGCCAGCGCCACCCGGCUCUGUCCGUCGGGGCCGGCCUCCUGGAGGGCUACAUCAGCGUCCUGGAGCACAAGCCGCUGAGGAUGCACUGCAGGAGCUGCGCGCUGGUCACCAGCUCGGGGCAGCUCCUGGGGAGCCGGCAGGGCCGCAGGAUCGACGAGAGCGAGUGCGUGAUCCGCAUGAACGACGCGCCCACGCGCGGCUACGGCAACGACGUGGGCAACAAAACCAGCCUGCGGGUCAUCGCGCACUCCAGCAUCCAGAGGAUCCUCCGCAACCGCAACGAACUCUUAAACAUGAGCCACGGCGCCGUGUUCAUCUUCUGGGGCCCCAGCAGCUACAUGAGGAGAGACGGCAAAGGCCUGGUGUACAAUAACCUGCAGCUGAUGAACCAGAUACUGCCUCAGUUAAAGGUGUACAUGAUUUCUCGCCACAAGAUGCUUCAGUUUGAUGAUCUUUUUAAACGGGAGACUGGAAAAGACAGGAAGAUAUCCAACACUUGGCUUAGCACGGGCUGGUUCACAAUGACUAUCGCAUUAGAGCUCUGUGACAGGAUAAAUGUUUAUGGCAUGGUGCCACCGGAUUUCUGCAGGGAUCCUAAUCAUCUUUCAGUACCUUAUCACUACUACGAGCCUCUGGGGCCAGACGAGUGCACAAUGUACAUUUCCCACGAGCGGGGCCGCAAGGGCAGCCACCACCGCUUCCUCACCGAGAAGCGCGUCUUCGAGAACUGGGCUCGGACAUUCGACAUCCGCUUCUUCCAGCCCGACUGGGAGCCACAGCCGCUGCCUGGAGCCCAGCCCGAGGCCAGCCCGCUGGCCUGAGCAUGGACACACGGACACAUGGACACACAGACCCAGCCCGCUGGCCUGAGCACGGACACACGGACACAUGGACACACAGACCCAGCCCGCUGGCCUGAGCACGGACACACGGACACAUGGACAUACAGACCCAGCCCGCUGGCCUGAGCACGGACACACGGACACAUGGACACACAGACCCAGCCCGCUGGCCUGAGCACGGACACACGGACACAUGGACAUACAGACCCAGCCCGCUGGCCUGAGCACGGACACACGGACACAUGGACACACAGACUCAGCCACGGCACCUCCCACAGGAGCC